AUGAAACCUUUCAUUAUACUAGCACUCUGCUGUAGUUUUUUCUCUAGCAGAGCCAUCCCUCUUCAACUUGAGUUUUCGGACUGUGAUGACUCUGAUGUCUUUAAAGCUGUCGAUGCAGCACUGAAGAAAUACAAUGGAGACAGAGAAACUGGUAACCAAUUUGCUCUCUACAUGGUGACCCAAGCCAAGAGAACUGCAGGUCCUGACACACAAUUCUAUGUGAAAUAUCGAAUAAUUGAAACCACUUGUGCCACUGAGGAAGACAAACCCUGGCAAGACUGUGAUUACAAAGAAGCUGCAGAGGCUAAAACAGGAGAAUGCACAGCUCGAGUUCACAUGAAUGAUGCUGAAAAAACAAGUAAUGUUUCACAAGACUGCAGAAUUUCCACAGAUCCACCAAAUAUAAGAUUUACUGUGUCUCCAUGUGUUGGAUGCUAUGUUCCUAUACCAAAUGACUCUCCACGAGUGCUAAAAAUCCUAGAAAAAGUCAUUCAACACUUUAACAACCAGAGUCAGGAACCCAACCUUUUCAAGGUUGUGGAAAUAAAACAAGCUGAAAGUCAGGUGGUAGCUGGAAUGAAUUAUAGAAUGAAAUAUGAAAUUGAGGAGACUAACUGCUCCAAAGACCAGUUUGACGAUUUAACUCCAGAGUGCAAAGUCACUUCUAGAGGUCGUGUGGGCAAAUGUGAAGGCAGAGGAUAUGAGAAUGUACAGGGACACCUCAUAGAUACUUCAAGCCAAUGCAAUCUUCCAGUGGAUGAAAAGGUUCUUGCUGCCCAUUGCCCUGGUUGUCCAAUGACUAUCCCAAAAGACAGUCCAGAGCUGAAGAAAGUACUGAAGGCUUCUAUGGAGAAGUAUAAUUCAGAGAGCAAUGAUGAUUUCUACUAUAAAGAUGGAGAAAUACAAUCAGCAACAGUUCAGGUGGUUGCAGGAAAAAAGUAUCAAGUAAAAUUUACAAUCUGGAAGACAAACUGCUCAAAGAGUGAGUUUGACAAACUUCAUGAAGACUGUGAAGCCACAACAAGCAGUGUAUCAUUGUCAUGUGAAGCACAAAUUCAUGUGAUCCCAUGGGAGGAUAAAAUACUUCCCCAGGUUAACUGCUCUGAACGGAGAGUGGAGGUGUUUUUAAGGAUGCCUCCUGGAUUCACACCUUUCCGGAGCUCUAGUUUGCAAAAUCAGCCGCAUACAAUUUUAUACAGUAUUGACAAAGAGGAAGAAGAAACAAAGAAAGACGAUGGACAGGAACAAGAAGGCAAAGGUGAACCUGACCAUAAGCACAAGCAUAAGCACAGGCAUAAGCACAGGCAUGGAUCUAAAAAGGACCAUGAGUCUGACAAAAGGCACAGGCAUGAAGGUGGUUGUGGGCGCAGAAAUGGCCAUGGGUGUGGGCAUAAAAAACACAGUAAAAAUGGUAAACAUAAACAUCCAAACCUCAAAUCUUCUGAGGAGUCCUAUGAAAGGGGGUUUAAUCAAAAUGAAACCCUUCUAUCAUCCAGUGCUGAGACAGCACUGGAGCUGGUUAAUCCAGGGGUUGCAAGAAAGGAAACCAGUACACCUGCAGAACCACUAAUUCCUUCUGAUACUUCUUUAUUUAAUGGGUUGCCAGAUCGCUCAGGAUCUCCUCGCCCCAGAUGUCCUGGAAAACCAUGGAAACAAAUUACAGGCCUUCCAGGUUCUUACGGAUUUUCCAGAGAAUUCAGAGAUGUGGAUCUCUUGCCUUCUGCAGCAGGAAACAAAGAGCAAGACUUUUCUCUCACAGAUGCCAUACAAUAA